AUGUCCCUCGCAGGUGGUCAGAUGACUUUCUUGCCCAAGUUUGUCUUCAGCUGCAUCAUGGUGUUGUGCUUCGCUGGACUUUUCUUCAUGUAUUACAAGCCUGAUGUCAACUUCCCCACUAUUGCCUUUCACACGGAGAGAAGUAACCACUCUUGUCAGUGUCCAGUGGACGCAGUGAAGCAGAGCUCGAACCCCAACUGUUCCUCCGAGCCGCAGAUCGACCCAACUGUCGUCCAGAAGAUCCAGGAGGACGCUGAGCCUGACACUGUUGUCUUGGUCUGGUUCUGGCCGUUUGGCUUUAAGUUUGAUCUCAGCUGCGACAAACACAACGUCAAAAGAUGCCUCUUGACGGCGGACAAGUCUCUCUAUGAUGAAGCCCAUGGUGUUCUCAUCCACCACAAGAAUAUAGGGGACAACUUGCCGAAAGAUCCUCGUCCCUGGUUCCAGAAGUGGGUGUGGUUUAACAUGGAGUCACCAACAAACACACAGCAAGUCCCUCACAUUGAUGAAUUAUUCAACUUGACCUGCAGUUAUCGCCAGGAUUCAAACAUCCCUGUGCCUUAUGGACAUUUGGAGCCACGAGCAUCUGGAGAGGAGACUUUCCAAGUGACACCAAAGGACAAGCUGGUCUGUUGGAUUGUGAGCCACUGGAACGAGCGAUUCAGAAGAGUUGAGUUCUACAAUGAAUUGAAAAAACAUGUGAAUAUAACUGUUUAUGGGAAAGCUUUUAGAAAACCAGUCAAUGGUGAACAAUAUAAUCACAUUGUGUCCAGUUGUAAAUUUUACCUGUCCUUUGAAAACUCUGUGCACAAAGACUACAUUACAGAGAAGUUGUAUCGCCCUCUGAUGUUAGGAACUAUACCUGUUACUCUGGGCCCUACAAGGCAAAACUAUGAGGACCAUGUCCCAGGUGAUUCUUUCAUUCAUGUCGAUGACUUCCCCACAGCAAAGCAGCUGGCAGACAGGCUACUUUACCUCCACCGAAAUGAUACUGAAUAUAUGAAAUACUUUGAAUGGACAAAAAAGUAUAAAGUUAAAAGGGCAGUGUUUGGUACAACACACGCCUGCAAAACAUGCUCUUACCUACAACAACACAGAGGGUACGAGGCUUCUCGGAAUCUUAAAGAGUGGCUCUGGGGUUAAUGUGAGACAGAUUUAAUGUCACCUCAUGUGCAAGUAGAAGUGAGUUGACAUGGCAUGUGUUUUUUUUUUUUGAUUCUUUGGCUUCUUUUCACGGUGGUGGAAUGUACCCUCUAAUAAAGUGGUAGGACUGGUA